CGGCGAGCUUGGAGACUUACCCUCUCUCUCUCUCUGUCACACACAUACACACACACACACACGCACACACACACACACACACUCACACAUUCACACACACACACAAAAACAAGUGUGGCAAUAUAUAUCUUCAAUGACAUGUUCUAGCGGUAGAUUCAUUCGAUUUUUCUCAGCCGUUCAAUGAAAGUACCACGAGGCGGUAGCUGGCGGGGGCAACAUGAUAUCGAGGAGAAGGAGGAGGAGGAGGAGGAAGAGGAGGAAAAAGAAAAGGAAGAUGAGGAGGAGGAGGACUCCGAGGAAAAAAACGAGAAGAGGACAAAGAAGAAGAAGAAGAAGAAGAAGAAGAAGAAGAAGAAGAAGAAGAAGAAGAAGAAGAAGAACAACAACAACAACAACAACAACAAGAAAAAAAGAGAAGGAGAAGAGGAGGAGGAGGAGAAAAUUGUGGAGGAGGAAGAGGAGCAGGAAGACACACGAAGGAGGAGUACGAGGAGGAGUAGGAGGAGGAAGAAGAAGAAGUGGAACUGUAGAAAACAAGAAGGAAGAAAAAAGGAAGAAGAAGAAGAAGAAGAAGAAAAAGAGGACGAGGAAGAGGAGUACGAGCAAGAGGAGGAGGACGAGGAGGAGAAGAAGACGAGAAGAAAAAUGUGGAGGACAAGGAAGACGAGGAAGAGGAGGAGGAGGAGGAGGAAGGAGAAGAAGAUGAUCAUUAGGAGGAAAUGGAGGAGGUCGCGAAAAAGGUGGAGGAAGAGGAGGAGAGGGAGGAGGACAACACGCGGAGGAGGAGGAAAAGCGGAGGAGUUGAAGGAGAAGGAACAAGAGGAGGAGGAGGAGGAGGAGGAAGAUGAGCUUCAAGAUGAUAAUGAUGUGCAGGAGGGGGAGGAGGAGGUGGAGGAGGAGGAGGAGAAGGAGGACGAUGUGGACGAUGACGAAAGGAAGGACGAGGACGAGGAGGACGAGGAGGAUGAGGAGAAUGAGGAACAGAAAGAGGAGGAGGUUGAAGGGGGUACUUGACCUCAUCGUCGACAGAGGAGGAGGACGAGGCUCCCGACAAUGGCGCCCGCAACGGACAUGCAGGGCAG